CCUCUUCCUACUCCCUACCACAAGAAGCCAAGUCCACUUUCAACGACCCUUUCUCUAAUAUAUAUUCCCAGAUUUUCCAACUUUUAUUAUGCAUUACUGUCCCUGUUAUACGUCACUGAACCCAUCAAAAGAAAGAGUGGCUGCUAUUAAUAUUAUCAACAUCAUCAUCAUCAUCUUCGCUAACUACUACAAAUUCUUGAUGAACGCUCGUUAUGGAGACUUGGUCACCAAUACACCACCACCCAUCACAAGGCAGAGCAUUCAGAUUCUACCAGAAAUUCUAGUCUUUCGUACUAGUAAGAGAAAUUUGGGAGCUUUGGUGUCCUAUGCGUUAGCAAGAUGUAUCUUUCAAGAGUUUGUGGUUAUGGAUUAUUUGUUGUUGCAUGGCUGUGUUGUUCUUCACUGCUUAUCGAUGCUCAGAAUCUGCUAACCAACCCGGAAGAAGUGAAGGCAUUGCAGGCCAUCAAGAGCAGUUUGACGGAUCCCUAUAAUAAUAUUAGUAAUUGGGAUCAAGGAGACCCAUGUACAUCAAAUUGGACAGGAGUUGUGUGCUCCAAUAAAACAGUAGGCGAUGGAUACCUACAUGUUCAAAAAUUGCACCUACUACAAAUGAAUUUGUCAGGAAGUUUGUCACCAGCGCUUGGCCAGUUAUCAAAUUUGACAAUAUUGGAUUUUAUGUGGAACAACAUAAGUGGAAUUAUACCAAUGGAGAUAGGCAAUAUAACAUCUUUGGAACUCUUGCUUCUGAAUGGAAACCAAUUAACAGGUCCCUUACCUGAAGAGCUUGGUUACCUCCCAAAUUUGAAAAGACUACAAAUUGACCAAAACCAAAUAUCAGGAUCAAUACCUAAAUCAUUUGCAAACUUGAACGCAACACAGCACUUUCAUAUGAACAACAAUUCAAUUAGUGGGCAAAUCCCAAGUGAGCUAUCUAGAUUACCAAAUCUUCUUCACUUCCUUCUUGAUAAUAACAACUUAUCAGGGAAUCUUCCACCAGAGUUCUCCACAAUGCCAAAUUUACGAAUACUUCAACUUGAUAACAAUAACUUCAAUGGGGCUACAAUUCCAUCUUCUUAUAGCAACAUGUCUAAAUUGCUGAAGUUGAGCCUUAGGAACUGCAGUUUGCAGGGACCGGUUCCUAAUUUGAGCCAAAUACCAAACCUUUAUUAUCUAGACCUCAGUUUAAAUCAGCUAAAUGGAACCAUACCCUCAGAUAAGCUUUCGGGGAAUAUGACAACUAUCUUGUUAUCCAACAACAGUCUUACUGGAACAAUUCCCACCAGCUUUUCGGAUCUCCCUCGUCUUCAAAUAUUGUCAAUUGCAAACAAUUCAUUGAGUGGCUCUGUUCCAUCCAGCAUUUGGCAAAAUAGGACUUUGAACGGAACUGAGAAACUUACAGUGCAGUUGCAGAAUAAUGGGCUAUCAAAUAUUUCAGGCACUAUUAAUCUAUCUCCAAAUGUCACUGUCUGGCUUCAAGGGAAUCCCUUAUGUUCGAACUCCAGCCUAUCCCAGUUCUGUCGUUUUGAAAGUGAUGAAAAUAACAAUCAAAGUUCAACAAAUACGACUUCUGUUUGUCCAGCUCAAGAAUGUCCACCCCCUUUUGAAUAUUUAAGUUCCCCUGCAUCUCCUGUGGCUUGUCUCUGUGCUGCCCCCUUAUUUGUUGGAUAUCGGUUGAAAAGUCCUGGAUUCUCAGAUUUUCGUCCAUACAUAAAUACAUUUGAGGAGUACCUGUCAUCUAGUCUUGACUUGUUUCUUUAUCAGCUGUACAUUGAUUCAUUUUUCUGGGAAGAAGGACCUCGACUAGGAAUGAACUUGAAGCUUUUUCCUGUAUAUGGAAAUAGCAGCACUACUAAGUUCAAUAUGAGUGAGGUUAAUCGAAUCUUCGGGCUGUUCACAUCAUGGAACAUUGAUGAUAGUGACAUUUUUGGACCCUAUGAACUUAUCAGCUUCCCUCUACUGGGCUUCUAUAGAGAAGAGAAUUCCAACUCAAGUUCUGGUUUAAGCAAAGGCGCAUUGGUUGGCAUAGUACUGGGGACCAUUGCAGGUGCAGUUGCAUUGUCUGCAGUUGUUACUCUACUGAUACUGAGAGCGCAUGUAAGGAAGUACCAUGCAGUUUUGGGAAAACGUCGUUUCUCUAAGGCCUCCAUAAAAAUUGAUGGUGUGAAGGAUUUUACUUUUGAAGAAAUGGUCGUGGGUACAAACAACUUUGACAGCUCCGCUCAGGUUGGUGAAGGAGGGUACGGAAAGGUUUAUAAAGGAAUUCUAGCCGAUGGUACAGUUGUGGCCAUAAAACGUGCACAACAGGGAUCUUUACAGGGUGAAACAGAGUUCUUGACAGAGAUAGAAUUGUUGUCAAGGUUACAUCAUCGAAACCUUGUGUCUUUGACUGGAUAUUGUGAUGAAGAAGGCGAGCAGAUGUUGGUCUAUGAGUUUAUGCCAAAUGGUACUUUAAGGGAUAACCUUUCUGCUAAGUCUAAAGAACCAAUGAGUUUUGCCAUGAGAUUGAGAAUUGCCCUAGAAUCAGCUAAGGGCAUCCUUUACCUACAUACUGAAGCGAAUCCUCCAAUAUUUCAUCGGGAUAUCAAGGCCAGCAAUAUAUUAUUGGACUCUAGGUAUAUAGCAAAAGUUGCUGAUUUUGGACUUUCGCGACUUGCACCUGUUCCAGAUAUUGAAGGGGUUGUGCCUGCUCAUGUAUCUACAGUUGUGAAGGGGACACCAGGUUACCUAGAUCCAGAGUAUUUCUUAACUCGUAAACUCACAGACAAAAGUGAUGUUUAUAGCCUUGGUGUUGUAUUUCUUGAACUCCUAACUGGGAUGCAUCCAAUCUCACAUGGCAAAAACAUUGUUAGAGAGGUUAAUGCCAAGUAUCAAUCUGGUAUGAUUUUUUCGGUUAUUGAUGAGCAAAUGGGAUCUUAUCCUUCGGAAUGUGUGAUGAGAUUUUUGACUUUGGCUCUCAAGUGUUGCAAAGAAGAGACAGAUGCCAGACCUUCAGUAUUAGAGAUGGUUCGAGAACUUGAAAUUAUAUGGAAUAUGAUGCCUGAUUCUGACAUCAAAUCAGCAGAUCCUAUGGUUACUGAUGCUGAAAAGGUAGUGACCCCAUCAACAUCAUCUUCUACAGUGAAGAAUACUUAUGUGUCAUUUGAUGUAUCUGGCAAUGACCUUGUUAGCAGAGCUGUUCCAUCCAUCACGCCUAGAUAAAAAACAUUUUCGAUAAUUGAUUUUAUUCAUUUUGUAUAAUUGAUUUAUUGGAACCUGAGGUUGCUAGUAUCUAGAAAAUUUGAACUGGGAAUGGUCUUUACAACCACCUUGAUUAUUGAGGUUGUGUAAAGUCUCACUCUGAUUGAUCUUCAUUACAGUUUUUUGUUUU